AUGCAAUACGAAAUUUAUAAGCAACAACAAAUUGAAGGAAAUAAUCCACAAUUCUGGGUCAAUUUAUGUCAAAGUCAAGAUGAUUUUAGGAUUGUUAUUAACAGAGAAAUUCUUCAACAAAUGAUUUCAGGAUUUCAACAAGAAGCAAAUGAAUUAUGGAAGAAAUACUUUUUUGAACAACAAUUACAAAAAAUUAAAGAAAUGGAAAGUGUUUUUAGUACUGUUGCCACUUCUACUCCAAAUGAAAUUACAGAAAUUCAAGAAGAACUUAGUCAAUUAAAAUUUCUUCAAGAAAAAAUGAUUCGUUCAUAUGAAGUAAAUCAAGCAGAGAAUAAUCAAUACGUCAAAGAAAUUGAACGAGCUAAUGAAAUAAUUAAUAUGAAAGAAAAUCAAAUUCAAACAAUUCAAAAUGAAACAGAAAAAAUUGAUGUUGAAUUGCAAACUGUUUUGAGUCAGAAAGAAAAUGAAAAGAAAGUUAGUGAAAAGAAAGUAGUUAAAUUUAUUACAGAACAUAAUGAAAUGGUUGUUAAAUAUGAUGAACUCUUUCAGUCAUAUACAAAAUAUAAAAAAGCCUAUGAAGAAGCUAAAAUUGAAAGAGAAAAGUUGAGAAAUGAAAAUAACAAAUAA